CGUCACUCCGAGGUUAUAUAAAUAUGGCCGAAAACGACUGAAAAUUGUAAAAUCCGCUGCACCAAUAUAUCCAGACCCGUAUUUUAUGGUUAUAAAUGGAACCUCUUCGCCAAAAGGUUAUUUCAUGGACUGUGUACCAACCAAAUUCUUGACAAGGUACAAGUGCAUUGGUUCUAUUUGAGUGACGUGGAGUGUAGGCCGAGUGCCGCCCUCCCCCUUCACUGUAUCGCCCAACAGCAUGACGGAAUCAUCCGAGUCCUAUGGUUAUUGAGCUUUGAAAAUGCUGCCACAUGUCGAUAUUUUUGAUACAAGGAGAGUCACAGCUAGUAGUUAACACUUUUGCGCGACUUGACAGUCGGAGCUUUCAUACGCACCAGAAGUUUCUUGUAUGACUUGCACGUGCUUUAGCGUGCGUGCUUCAAUUAUUAGCGCAUUUGUGUUUCAAAAAGAUCUACAGAUAUCAAAGAGGCAAAGCAAAAGCGUGAAAUCAAGUGUCAAGAAAUUUUUCCUUAUAUGAAAAUCCAGCUUUUCAUAAGGUAUGGCGCUUGGCAAAGACGGGCGAAGUUCGCAGCAUUUUGAAUGUCGUCAUUAUUUCCCGUGAUCCCGCCUUUUAAAUCCGGACCAUUGGAUGUUCUAUGGCAUGGCUCAAGCAUAAAAACUCAGUUCAACUGUAUUUUUUCUUGUUUCAGGCUGCCUACAUCCGAAUUUCGUACAAGCUGCGGUACCGUUUUGCGACAGGUUUUGUGAGUAGCGAUGACCACUCGCAGAAGAACCGUAGGCAGCUCCGAGGGCGCAGGUUGCAGAGAACCAACCUGCUCCUGGGUUCCAUCGCAGUCAUCUUCUGCAUCAGCUGGUUGCCCUUGAACGUGUGUGUUACGCCGUGUGCCACAUGAUAGGCAUGUCCUCAGCCUGUUCAAACCCCGUCCUUUACGGCUGCCUCAAUGAGAACUUCUGGAAGGAGUUCAAGGACAUCCUUUGCAUCGAGUCCCUGAAGGAAUCCAGUUCUUCAGAGGGACAAAGAAUAUCUCAGAGGAAACAGCCAAACAGAUCGCACAGUCGUAGCGGGAAGCCUGACAUAGUGGCGGCAACCACAGACUAUCAGCCUUGUAACACUGUGAGCACGGAUAUGACCGUAUUGACAAAGUGCUAGCUAUUAAGGGGCUUCGUCCCUCAUUGCAGAUCAAAUGGAGGGGUCGUGGCCAAUCAAAAUGUGUGAACUGUAACAAAUUUACAUUACGGCGCUACAAGCAUAUACUUACGUUAGGACCUGUUUAAGGAAGAUGGAUAGACAUUAAUGUUAUAGAUUACAGGUAAGACGUCCAGAGGUGGUGCGUUUAUACAAUAUAGGGGUAAUCAACUGUGGAUCAGCAUCACAAUAAAAAAUAGCUUUAAUGUUGAUACAAACAUAGUUUCAAAACUGGACAGCAUAGUGCAGUGAAAGCUUUAUUUUUGGAGAGCAGGCAUGGUCAAAGAGUUGCUACCAAGCUUUAUAGAGGUAUCCUUAAUUUUAUUAAAUAUGCAUCCCAUAUUAACAUGCUCAUUCCUUUUUUGUCUUGCUUAUUGAAAGAAUAAUUGCCAGCUUUAAAAUUUCUCAACCAGGAUGUAUGAAGUGUCAG